ACAUGGGAAAUAUUCUCUAUAUUGAACUGGUUUAAAGAUAAGUAAUCAGUGACUUUUCAUAUGUGUUUAAAAACAACAUUUUGUGCGUGUACUACUUUGACUUGGAGGACCCUCAGUAUCUUUACUCACGUGGUUUUCAAAGUGGUUAAUGAAUGUGUUAAUUGUGUGCAAUGCAUUAAGUAUGCCAUUAAAUAUAAGUUCCACGAUUUAAUCGAGUCUUUGUAUACGAAUAUCGUGCGACAAAGACUUUCAAAAACUAGCCAGUGGGUUAAAUAGUGGAAUUCUAUGCAUUCGCGAUGGAGACAGAUAUAACGCGGGUGUACAUAUGCGGCCCUCACAGCACGGGUAUAACCACUCUCCUAAAUGACCUCCGACCGCACGUGCCCGAGUUGCACGUGCUUCACGAAGUGGCGCGCGGGAUCAUCAAGAGUCACGGGUGGUGUCGAGACGACUUCGUUCCCGACAAGCACCCGGAAGUGUUCCAGCAGUUUAAUGUGGAGAUUCUCGAGGCGCAGAUCAAACUGGAGAGGGAAUACUCCGAGCAGGGAAAACAUUUCAUCUGUGAUCGUGCCAUCGACCCGAUCGUUUACGGACAAUACUAUGUGGGACCGGAAGCACGUGACGUCAUGCUGGGACUCCCUGGUUUGUCCGGCUGGUUGGAGAGUUUACGACGUUCUCUCGUGAUCCUGGUGGCGCCUCACCACGAGAUUAUCAAAGACGACAGCGUCCGGCUGACCUCGAGCAUUGAAGAGCUGCACGAUUUUUACAACGUGUUCGCGGCUGAGUUGAAUCACCAGAAGAUCCCGUAUGUAGCGCUGUAUGACCUUGACCGCAAGGUCAGGGUCGAGCGCGUGUUAAAUGAAUUGAAGAAGUUCCAGACCAGUCGAACAGGGUUCUAAUUUGCGUUUUAAUUAUGUCAAAAUUGUUAUCUUUAUGGAUUUUUUUAUUUGUUACAAAUGGCAGCCUGUAAGUUCUUUUUCAUAUUUACAUUUAAUCCAUAUGUUCAGACAUUGUAUUUACGUUGGACAUUGAAUGGCUAGUAAGUACCUCAUACGUGAACUGUGUAUAUACAUGUACUUCGCGAGAUUGGUAUUAAGAGAAAUAACUUACGAAUACAUAUUUAUUUUUCAAUAUUAAGAGUUGUCUUCUUUUGGCCAUUAAGGGCAUUUUAAGAUCAGAUAAACUAUGUAAGGUUUGAACAUUAAAUAUAUGUUCAUUUAUUGACAAAUAAACAUGUUUCAAUUAAA